UUGCGUCUUAGUUUGUAUAGUUGUUGUAUGGUGUGUAUGAACGUCGAUAUAUAUAUGCAACGAGAUUGUUCAACGGGUUGAUCUAAUUGGCGUCACUGUAUCAAAUAUUUACAGCAGUCAAUUGAGUCCCAGCCUCAACAUAUUUUUCUCAGUCAUUGCAAUACUUUAUCAUGGGCUAUUAGGUUAUGGAGUAUUCGCUAACAAGUAAGUUUUUGUUGAUGUUUUUCUACACAAAAAUUCUAUGAAUAUUAGAACCACAAGAUUUAACUAGUCGUUGUCACGUUGCCUGGGGAUGAUGCUUGAACGCUUUAGGAACACUUCGUGAGUGAUCCAGAAAGUGACGAGGAUCAUCGGAAAACAGUCAGUAGUCACUUCAAUGUUUUUGUUUUGAAGAACUGGAGAGGACUAACAGUACCUACCGUAAUAUGUGAUGUGAAAUACAACGAUCUAUAAUUGGUUGUUGAAAUAGUAUCUCCCGUGUGAGCUUUGAGAGGGACGAAUGCUGAAACAGACCAUGCUGUCUUUGUGUCUGUUUGCGGUGACUAUGUUUGUAAUUAUUGUUGAUACAUCAUACGACUUGGAAAGCCUGCAGGAAUCUGUAACCAGCUCUCAAGAACCUAUGACUAGCCCACAUGGAGGUCUGACUACCCCUCAAGAACCUGUUACGAGCCCACAGGAAGGUCAGACUGCCCCUGAAAAACCUGUUCAGAGCCCACAGGAAGGUCUGACUACCCCUGAAGAACCUGUUACGAGCCCACAGGAAGGUCAGACUACCCCUCAAGAACCUGUGACUAGCCCACAGGAAGGUCUGACUACCCCUCAAGAACCUGUGACUAGCCCACAAGGAGAUCUGACUACCCCUCAAGAACCUGUUACGAGCCCACAGGAAGGUCUGACUACCCCUCAAGAACCUGUGACUAGCCCACAGGAAGGUCUGACUACCCCUCAAGAACCUGUUACUAGCCCACAAGGAGGUCUGACUACCCUUCAAGAACCUGUUACGAGCCCACAGAGAGGUCUGACUACCCCUCAAGAACCUGUGACUAGCCCACAUGGAGGUCUGACUACCCCUCAAGAACCCGUGACUAGCCCACAUGGACCUGUGAACCAAGAGGACGAGUUCCUGACCGCAGUACUAGCCACUGAACAGCAGUGCCACGCAAUGUGUGUCUAUGUGAAGCCCUGUGUCACGUACUCCUGGCAGGUACAGACUAGGCACUGUCUACUGAAGCCUUCUGGCAGGAUGUGCAGCCGUUGUGCGUCCAUGUCGGAACCGGGUUGGGUACAUGGAAGCUUGGACACCUUUCGUAUUGCAGCAAACCGUCUGUGUGGUGGCCGCCCAUGUCAGGCUAUGGAGAUGUGCAUACCUAUGACUUCAGGGGCUGUGUGUCUGCCAUUGGGACCGACCAUCGUUGAUACCACUGCGACUGAAGAGCCUAAAACUGGUGUUCCGGGAUCCAGUGAUGCCAUUUCAACUAAAAGUACUAAUCCAAGCAUAUCUUAUGAAACAACCCCUAGGGGGUCUACAACUACCACUUCGGAAUCAGAUGACGAGACUGCCACUAGAGGGUCAAACACUAGUGGAUCCGAAACUGCCACUACAGAAGAUGAUGUGGAAACUACCACUGAAGAAUACAGGCCUACUACAAGCGAUCCUAAGACUGCCGACCCAGACUCUGGUGAUUACCACUACAAAAUAUGAUGAUGAGAUGAGACGCGUCACUAGAGGAUUCUAAGACUACCAUUACGAAAUAAUAUCACCACUAUAGAAUAUAGAACUAGAGCUGGAGGAUCUAAGACUAACACUACAACAUCGUAUGAGACCACAACUAUAGCAUAUAGAACUAGAGCUAGAUGAUCUAAGACUGCCACUACGACACCGUGUGAGACCAGGGCCCCGUUCCACUAAGCGAUAUUAGCGCUAAGAUGAUCGUAACUCCCAUACUUUAACAUAGGCUUACGAUGAUCGUAGCGGUAAGAUCGCUUUGUGGAACGGGGCCCUGCACUAUAGCACACAGAACUAGAGCUAGAUGAUCUAAGACUGCCACUACGACACCGUAUGAGACCAUAACUAUAGCAUACAGAACUAGAGUUAGAUGAUCUAAGACUGCCACUACGACACAGUAUGAGACCACAACUAUAGCAUACAGAACUAGAGCUAGAUGAUCUAAGACUGCAACUACGACACCGUGUGAGACCACCACUAUAGCAUACAGAACUAGAGCUAGAGGAUCUAAGACUGCCACUACGACACCGUGUGAGACCACCACUUUAGCAUACAGAACUAGAGCUAGAGGAUCAAAGACUACUACUACGAAAUAGUAUGAGACCACCACGAAAGCAUAUAAAUUAGCACAAGAAGACCCAGACUUUCAUUACAAACUAGUAUGACACUCCCACUACAGAAUCUGUGACUUUCCACUCGAAAUCAGAUGAUUGCACGACUACGUUUACUGCAAAGACUACCACUGGAAGUCGUUGGACUAAAUCUCCGAUAUUGGCAGCUGAUACCAGUACAAAAAUGUUUUUUCUCUUUUGGUUUUAUGAGAUUUAUGUUGUACGCAAUGGGUCUAUUAAUAAAGUAUAUUAAGUACA